AUGGGGCUCAAGGCUCGCAGGGCGGCGGGGGCGGCCGGAGGCGGCGGCGGCGAAGGGGGCGGCGGAGGCGGCGGGGCAGCUAACCCCGCCGGAGGGGACGCGGCGGUGGCCGGCGACGAGGAGCGGAAAGUGGGGCUGGCGCCAGGAGAUGUGGAUCAAGUCACCUUGGCGCUUGGGGCCGGGACCGACAAAGACGGGACCCUGCUGCUGGAGGGCGGUGGCCGCGAAGAGGGGCAGCGGAGGACCCCGCAGGGCAUCGGGCUCCUGGCCAAGACCCCCUUGAGCCGCCCAGUCAAGAGGAACAACGCCAAGUACAGGCGCAUCCAAACUUUGAUCUACGACGCCCUGGAGAGACCGCGGGGCUGGGCGCUGCUCUACCACGCGCUUGUGUUUCUGAUUGUCCUGGGAUGCUUGAUUCUGGCAGUGCUCACCACCUUCAAGGAGUACGAGACUGUGUCUGGAGACUGGCUUUUGCUGCUGGAAACAUUUGCUAUUUUCGUCUUUGGAGCUGAGUUUGCUUUGAGGAUAUGGGCCGCCGGAUGUUGCUGUCGAUACAAAGGCUGGCGUGGAAGGCUGAAGUUUGCCAGGAAGCCCCUGUGCAUGUUGGACAUCUUCGUGCUGAUUGCCUCAGUGCCAGUGGUUGCCGUGGGAAACCAGGGCAAUGUCCUGGCCACCUCCCUGCGAAGCCUCCGCUUCCUGCAGAUCCUGCGCAUGCUUCGAAUGGACAGGAGGGGUGGCACCUGGAAGCUCCUGGGCUCAGCUAUUUGUGCCCACAGCAAAGAACUCAUUACUGCCUGGUACAUCGGCUUCCUGACACUCAUCCUUUCUUCAUUUCUUGUCUACCUGGUGGAGAAGGAUGUGCCAGAGGUGGACGCACAAGGAGAGGAGAUGAAAGAGGAGUUUGAGACCUAUGCAGAUGCUCUGUGGUGGGGCCUGAUAACACUGGCCACCAUCGGCUAUGGAGACAAGACACCUAAAACCUGGGAAGGACGUCUGAUUGCUGCCACCUUUUCCUUAAUUGGCGUCUCCUUUUUUGCCCUUCCAGCAGGCAUCCUUGGCUCAGGACUGGCACUCAAGGUACAGGAGCAGCACCGUCAGAAGCACUUUGAGAAGAGAAGGAAGCCAGCCGCUGAGCUCAUCCAGGCUGCCUGGAGAUAUUAUGCUACCAACCCCAAUAGGAUUGACCUGGUGGCAACCUGGAGAUUUUAUGAAUCAGUUGUCUCUUUCCCAUUCUUCAGGAAAGAACAACUGGAAGCAGCAGCCAGCCAAAAGCUGGGUCUCUUGGAUCGGGUUCGCCUUUCUAAUCCUCGUGGUAGCAAUACUAAAGGAAAGCUAUUUACCCCUCUGAAUGUAGAUGCCAUAGAAGAAAGCCCUUCUAAAGAACCAAAGCCCGUUGGCUUAAACAAUAAAGAGCGCUUCCGCACCGCCUUCCGCAUGAAAGCCUACGCUUUCUGGCAGAGUUCUGAAGAUGCUGGGACAGGCGAUCCCAUGGCAGAAGACAGGGGCUAUGGGAAUGACUUCCUCAUUGAAGACAUGAUCCCCACCCUAAAGGCUGCCAUCCGAGCUGUCAGAAUUCUACAAUUCCGUCUGUAUAAAAAAAAAUUCAAGGAGACUUUGAGGCCUUAUGACGUGAAAGAUGUGAUUGAGCAGUACUCCGCAGGACAUCUUGACAUGCUUUCCAGGAUAAAGUACCUUCAGACAAGAAUAGAUAUGAUUUUCACCCCUGGACCUCCAUCCACUCCAAAACAUAAGAAGUCUCAGAAAGGGUCAGCAUUUACCUACCCAUCCCAGCAGUCUCCAAGGAAUGAACCAUAUGUAGCCAGGGCAGCCACAUCAGAAACUGAAGACCAAAGCAUGAUGGGAAAGUUUGUAAAAGUAGAAAGACAGGUUCAUGACAUGGGGAAGAAACUGGACUUCCUUGUGGACAUGCACAUGCAGCAUAUGGAGCGCCUGCAGGUGCAUGUCACAGAGUACUACCCGACUAAGGGGGCCUCCUCCCCAGCGGAAGGGGAGAAGAAAGAGGACAACAGGUACUCUGAUUUGAAAACCAUCAUCUGCAACUACUCAGAGACAGGCCCCCCAGACCCACCCUACAGCUUCCACCAGGUGCCCAUCGACAGAGUCGGCCCCUAUGGGUUUUUUUCACAUGAACCUGUGAACCUGACCCGAGGGGCACCCAGUUCUACAAAGGCUCAGGCCACCCUCCCCUCCUCGGGAAGUACAUAUGCAGAGAGGCCCACAGUUCUGCCCAUCUUGACUCUUCUGGACUCCUGUGUGAGCUUCCACUCCCAGACAGAACCGCAAGGCCCCUAUUCGGACCACAUCCCACCCUGCCAGAGACGCAGCAUCACCAGGGACAGCGACACGCCUCUGUCCCUCAUGUCCGUCAACCACGAGGAGCUGGAGCGGUCUCCAAGUGGCUUCAGCAUCUCCCAGGACAGAGAUGAUUAUAUGUUUGGCCCCAGUGGGGGAUCGAGCUGGAUGAGGGAGAAGAGGUACCUGGCUGAGGGGGAGACGGACACAGACACAGACCCCUUCACGCCUAGUGGUUCCAUGCCGAUGUCAUCCACUGGGGAUGGCAUUUCGGAUUCCAUAUGGACCCCUUCCAACAAGCCUACUUAGAAGGGGUCACUGGCUGACUCCUGGUACUGUAGACGGACUUUGUACAGCUCACU